CAUUUAUUUAUGAUAUGUAUGGCCGUUAUUAUUAUUGCCAUGUUAUUUUCAGCAGCCCUGCGGGAAAGCCGACUUCGCUCAGGUCGACACCACCGGGGUACUCGUGGAGGGCUCCGACAUCAUCGAAGCGGUGGAGGCUUUGAUGGUGCCGAAGCCGGACUCCGUUCAAGCCGACGAUGUGUCCACUCUCCUGUGGCUUCUGUUGUUAUUCUAUUGCUACUGUAGUUGACGUUUAUCAUGCUAAAUCUACCAACGCUUUUGUUGCUUUGGUGUCGGACUAGCAGCAGCGCUAUGGCGCUAGAAAUAGAGAGUUGACGAUCGGAGACCGAGCUUAUAAAAUUAGCGAUCUGGUGGCGGUUUUCACUGCCUUGUACUUCCCCCAAAACAGCGUCUUCGUCGUGUCUUGUGCACUUGCAGGCCCCCUCCGACAUUGAGGCUGCGCGGUAGCUUCUAGCAAGCGAGCGCCAUGUCGGGUCGACAGGGAGGCCAUGUGCUCGCGGGCGUGGCGGCGGCGGCCAUGGCAUCCUCCCGCAUGAGCUCGGGCAAUGGGUCCCCGUCGCCGUCACCAUCGCCAGCGCCCGGAGCUCGCCCUGCAGCUGUACCGAGACUUGCUGCAGUUGUACGGGGCGUGGCUCCUCGCAAGUCGGUGAUCUCCAGACUCACGCAGUUCUCCAAACCCGUUUCAGUCGUUCCUUACGCUCCCGAACGACUGAGUAUCACGCAGACAGCAAUGACACCCGAAAUGAUGAAGAGCAUUGCCGAUAAAGGGCAUCAACGUGAUCGUGCGUCAUCUAGAAAAGAAGAUUCGGUGACGACGCUGUUUGCAGCCCUACGAAUGCGACGAGUGCUGCAUCGAGUUCAAGCUGGCCAUGAAGAGAUCGGACCUCGCAUUCUAAUAGAUGAGACCAAAGCGAACCUGGAAAGACAUCUCAAGGUGCUUUCGCGAUAUAAAAUUCGACAGGUAGACACGGACGCAGACGAAAGACACCAACUGCGCAAUCUCCCGCCGCUGAUGGUGAAUCCUCACAGUUCCUUGUUCAAGGUAUGGCAGCUGGUUACGCUGGUUAUCAUCAUUUAUCAGAGUAUCAUGUUACCAUUCGCUCUGGCCUUUGGAUCCAACGACACUACCGUUGUCGAUAUCCUUAUGAGCGUUAUAUUUGCCAUGGAUAUCGCCGUGGCAUUCAACACACCCUUCGCAGAAGACGCUGACGAGAUGGUGUACAUUACAGAUCGAUGGCAUAUAGCAUCCAACUACUUACGCGGAUGGUUUUUCUUUGACUUGUUGGCAUGUAUGCCGUUCGAUUACGUGCUGUUACUGAUCAACAAUUCCAAGAGUAACCUGAGCGUAUUGGGGCUUCUAAAGGCACUACGCGUACCGAGGUUACUACGACUUGUGAGGUUAUUGCGGGUGGCCAAAUUGUUCAAAAUGCGACCAGAAUUGCGACGAUGGCUACAGUAUUCACGACACGCCAAUCUCCUACGACUGGUUCGUCUUGUGGUGUCCUUUUUAGUCAUUAAUCACUACGUCGCGUGCUUCUGGUACGGUCUGGUCAUGUCGGACCGAACUCGCGCCUUGGACUCGAGCACGGAUGCGCGGCACUUGUACGUUGUCGCGUUUUACCAGUCGUUACUCGUGGUUAUGGGCCAAAACAUCGCUGUGUACGAAGAUACCGAGUAUAUCUUCUGUGUACUCGUCAUGGUCGUCGGAGCCGUGCUGAUGGCUGUAGUUUUCGGAAAUGUAGCCAUCCUCAUUGCCAAUUACUACGAGUCCCAGAGCUCGCAUCAGAAGAAGAUGGAGUGGCUUUUUGCGAGUAUGAAUCGAAUGAAGCUGCCGUACGACCUACAGAACCGAAUCAACGCGUAUUACCAGGCCAUGUGGGAACGGCACGGCACUUUAGAUGGCGCGGUGACGGCGUUUAUCCCGGAAUUAUCUCGAAAUUUAGCCUGCGAAGUUGAAUUAUUUCUUCGUAUGGAUAUGAUCAACCGAGCGCCGAUUUUCCAGAAUUGCAGCGCUAAAGUCGUCCAGGAACUCGUCAUGGAGCUGGAACUGCAGGUUUUCAUGCCUGGGGACUACAUUGUCGUGCGAGGUGAGGUAGGGAACGACAUGUAUUUUGUUCAGAACGGGAUCUGUGAAGUCACGAAGGAGGUCGAAGUGCUAUCACCGGCGCCGCUGCAACGAAAUCCUUCUCGCCUAUCUCAAGCCUCGCAAGCUGCACAAGCAGUGCUUAAUCGUAAAGGAUCUCAAUUACCCCGAGAUAGCAACGCAUCUCAAGCAGCAUUACCUCCGGUUGCUACUAAAACCAAGGAAAUCAUACUGAAAGUGUUAGGUCAAGGUGACUACUUUGGAGAGAUCGCUCUGCUUAUGAACUGCAAGCGAACUGCAAACGUUCGAGCUCAUGUCUUUUCGGAGCUUUGUACGCUCACACGAGAAGUUUUCGAGAGUAUUUCGCAACGGUAUCUCGAGGAUAGAAGUAUUAUCGAGAAGUUUAUCAUGGACAAGUACGACCCGAGUAUGUUGCAAGCCGCUAUGAAGCAGUCUCAAGAAGUUAGUAUGCGUAGCUCUGGCCCAGCAGCAGCGGCUGCUACAAGAACAGCCAAUGCCUUCCCAAAGUCGAGUAAUCCAGGUCCUGUUGGUACCAGCCAUGCCAUGAGCUUUGGAGAAGCAACGUCGAGAGGAGAAAUGGCUACAACUAAAAUCACAGGCUUGCUCACUAAAGUACUUCAGCGGAUUGACCAUCUCGAAGAGCAGCUUGGAAAAGAGUCAGAAGCUCGACGAGAGAGCGAGACAAGACUGCGAAAUACUCUGAACGAAGCUGCACGACACCUCUCUUCAUCCACCUCGUCUCGUUCGCCUGAUUCGAGUUUAGUAGAUCAACUACCACCCAAGCACCCGGGAGCUCUCAAGCGCCGUUCAAUAAAAACAGUAGCGGAUGAACCAGAGCGCGUUUCACAGCGGGACUUGCGGAUUGCAGAGCAUCUAGCAGAACUGGAGGCCAAAGAAGCGGCCGAGAACUCAGCAGCAUCAGCCCAGACAGAGUCGAGUGAUGUUCCUGCUGCGAAGCUAAGCAAACGCCGCCCGUCGCUUAAAGCGCUAAGGAGUUGGCGAAAUAUGAAAAGCGAAGGCUUGGGGAUCGGAAUGCGACUGCGAAGAGGAUCUCGCUUAGGUCUGUCGGGUUAUACGCCUGGUGUUGGUGUUGGCGUUGGAGCGUUGGGGGCUGGAAGGAGUUUUAGAACUGGGUCGAGUUCAUCGUCAAGUUCUCGACACUCGAGCGCACGCAGCACGAACCUUGACCCGAAUCCUUUUACUCCGGAACCAGAGCCAAGAUCUCCUAGGGAAAGUGGACUGGACGAUGAGAAUGGCGACCAGUUCCCGUCCGAUAUUCUAGAUGAUCUAGCUAGAUCACUAGAUCCACAACAACGAAGUGAUAACACGUAAAAAAAAAUGAUUUCCAAGAUUCAGUUUCCUACUACGAGCCUCACACUCAAGCAGGAACCGCGCCGUUAUUGUGGCGUCAACAAGAGAGUUUUCUUCGGCAUGAUUGCUAACAAGGCAUUGCUAUUCCCAGAUUGAUGCACCGCCAUGUCGAUGACGUCUGUUGUACAAGUUGUACGUCGAUGCUUCCUUGAGGUUGGUUUCAAAGAACGCGUCAAUGAAAGGCACAUGGCCAAAAACACCAAAGUCGGUGUUUGUCAAGGCCUCGCGGGCCGCAUCCGUCAGUUGGUUCCACUGGAUGAGAUCCUGGUAUUCUCCUUCCUCGUGGAACUGAAAAACAGUGUGCCACGCUUCAUAGCCGUCCUCAUCGUACCGCAGCUUCGGCGUGGUGCCAUUGAUGACGUCUGAUGUCUUGGGUGGCUUACUGAUGACGUACAGAUUACCAUACGUAGACGCCGAAGUUGCUAACAUUGCCGGCUUAACUAGAGCUGGAUUGUCGAGCCACACAACCAAGUUCACCCAAUCGUGCCGAACACCCGUCUUGACGAGGCCUCUAUUCUGUAUGUCUUUAGGGAAAUACCACGCGUACAUGAUGGCCCACUUGUCCUCGCACCAUGUCGAUCGACUGUACACCUGCGACCCCAACUCUGGACCUUCACAUCCACCGUCAGGAGGUCCCGUUCCUUCCAAGCCGGUACUCGUAUCGCCGGCGGCGUUCACGAUAGGGUAUGGGUGGCAUCCAGACUUUACUGCAAGUGAAGGCUUGAACUUGACGGCAGCUUUUUCGGCGAUGGUGAUAGGUUCGGGCUGUGCGAAUGGCUUCACCAUGUCAUGAUUGAUCGACGCUGCUCUGAUGCUGGUGAGGGCAACUACGAUGAGUAUCACCAACUCCCGCAUCCUGCUACAGUUGAGAUGGUCACGGAAAAUUGGGUUUGGAGCACGGACGUCCCGAACCAGCGCUGCCAACGCCUCUAGGAUGACUCCGUCAAAAGCGACACUGCAUUAUCAAGCCGCGUCAACAUCGACAACUGCAUUAUCAAUCAGCUUCAACUGCGACACUGCAUAAGCGAGCGGGAGGGCACGCUUUCCAGUGGUGAAAGUCUGCAUGCAGAACAGUAUAUUCAAUCUAAUAGAAAUACUCACUUCCAAG